CGACAAGUUCAGUGCGGGACAUUCUUGGAUGAUUGUCGUUUUUCUCCAUCAAUUGUUCACUUUCUUACAGUCUAACUACGCUUCACGAGUUCUACGAUAGUUGAGUUUUCAUAUCCUCCAACUCCCCACCGUAGGUAGUACAUCCACUUGCCUCGCCGUUGAGUUGUGGGGUUUCGUACGCCAAGGCAAGUUUGAGCAACGUGAGCUAACAUACAUCUCAGUGAGAGAGUCUUUUUGCCAACGGAAAAAACGUUUCUGUAAACGUCUGUUUUGGCGGUCUUGCCAGCAAUCAUCGUGUGACUCGCGGAGUUCCGCUAGACUGGUUGAAAACAGCACAAACGGCUUGUUAGUAAGCGCCAAGUGCAGACUAGAUCUAUACUACACUUUUGCACUUGAACGAAAAAGAAACUCACGAUGGGCUUCCGUUACUCACCGUGGCUUCACGAUCAUCAUUCAACUCACACAAAAAUGAAAUCCCCGAUCCCCGACUACCUCAACCGCGUCCUCGAGAAUGCGCGCCCCAACGAGGCCGGCGCGCCAGCGGGCUACAUUGAUGUGUUGGCCAAAGCAGACACGUCCAAAAUGGCCGUCGCUCUCGCCAUGGUAGACGGGAACCUCUACUCGGCAGGCGACGAUCGCGUCGAGUUCUCCAUCCAAUCCAUUUCCAAAGCCUUUGUCUACGCCCUCGCCAUCGAGGACGCAGGCCUCCCCGCCGUCCUCGAGAAGAUUGGCGUCGAGCCCUCAGGCGACGCAUUCAACCGCCUCUCCCUCGAGCGAGGCUCCAACAGGCCCAUGAACCCCAUGAUCAACGCCGGCGCCAUCACGGCACACUCCCUCGUCGUAUCCCCCUCCGCAACGUUGGAACAGCGCACGGAACGCAUCCUCUCCGCCCUCUCGCGUCUCGCGGGCCGGCAACUCCACGUAGACGAAGAAGUCUACGAAGCGGAACUCAAAGACGCGGACCGGAACAUGGGCAUCGGCUACAUGCUCAAAGCAGCCGGCAUCAUCACCUGCGACCCGCGCGAGGCCGUGAAGGGCUACAUCCGCCAAUGCUCCAUCAGCGUCAACGUCCGCGACCUAGCCGUCAUGGCAGCCACGCUCUCCAACGGCGGCGUGCAGCCCCUGACCGGCGAAUCCGUCAUCCCGCAGACCAGCGUCCGGCAGGUUCUUUCAGUGAUGACCACGUGCGGCAUGUACGACGCCGCAGGCGACUGGGUCUCCAACGUCGGCAUCCCCGCCAAAUCCGGCGUCGCGGGCGGGAUCAUAGGCGCGUUACCUGGCCAAGUCGGCCUCGCUUCCUUUUCGCCGAAACUCGAUGAACGGGGAAAUAGUGUGCGUGGCGUAGCCAUGUGCGAGCAGCUCUCGCGCGACAUGGGACUGCACAUGAUGGACGUGAGCCAAAUCGCCAGCGCGACGGUACGGACGUCAGUAGCGACCAUCGUCGCGGGCGCGCACGAGCCGCAUAACCCAAACUGCCAGCGGGAAGUCGUCAUCUUCAGCCUGCGCGGAGCGGUGCGGUUCGCCGGGUCCGAGAGGUUGACGAGGGCGUUGGCGCGAGAGCUGGGGUCGCCUGAUCCGGAGGACCCGGGUUCGGGGAGGCAUGAGAAGGCGUGUGCGGUGGUGUUCUCGUUUCGGGAUGCGUAUUCGCUGAAUGCGAUUGCGCGGCGGAUCGUGCAUGAGGAUAUUCGGCGGUUGGUGCUGGAUGAGAGGAGUGUUGUGGUGGUUGAUCCAAAUGGGGUGUUGGGGAUGGAGGUUGAUGUGGACGGGGAGACGCCGUUUCCGCAUGUUUUCACGUCGGAGACGGAGGCGAGGGAUUUUAUUGGCGGGGUGGGCUGUCAGACUGUUUUUAAGGAGACUAACUGGUGAUUUAUUGUGCUUUACUGAUACCAUUUUAUAUUUUUACGCUGGAAAGACGUUUGUUGCUGUGAAUGACUCUGCUUGUGGUCUGUGUCAGGUAUUCUCAAGGUCUUUGGUGAAGCAAGUCUGACGAUAAGGAGCUCCAAGAUGCCCCAGAAUUUGGUUACAACUAAAGCCCCCUUCGACUGAGUAGCCAUAGUAGGCCGUGUGUGCUUCACAUGGAGUUCACCAAGACUUGGAAGUCGAAGAAGGAUAGACACUUGUUUGAAAGAGAUGCUUCUUGUCGGAGAGUUUGCGUUGAUCCUACAGCAAGAACCUGAACCUCGAGGACUGUUCAUCGCAGGGAUCGUCCACUUCGUUCUACUUGUCUGUCUCACUGAACAAGCUGGUUCUCUGCUAGUUCAUAUCGAAUCA